AUGCCCCCGCAAGACGCAAAGGCAGCCCUGGCCGAGGUAAAGGCCCUGACCUUCGACGUCUUCGGCACCGUCGUCGACUGGCGGACCACCGUGACGGCGGAGCUCCAGGCCGCCGCCGCCGAGAAGCUGCGGUCCGCGGCCUUCGCGGCCCUGCCGGCGGACCUGCAGGCCCGCGCCCGCGCCGCGACGCCCGAGGACUGGGCCGCCUUCGCCCAGGCCUGGCGCCAGUCCUACACGGACUUCGUGCAGGGGUUCGUCGCCGGCCAGACGCCGUGGAAGGACGUCGACGCGCACCACCACGACAGCCUGCUCGGGCUGCUCGCGGCGCGGGGGCUGGCGGGCCUGUACGCGCCCGCCGAGGCGCGCGCCCUGAGCCUCGUCUGGCACCGGCUCGCGCCCUGGCCCGACUCGGCGCCGGGGCUCGCGCUGCUCGGCCGCGCCGGGCUCGUGACCUGCGCGCUGUCCAACGGCAACCGCUCGCUGCUGGCGGACCUCGAGGCGCACGGCGCGCUCGGCUUCCGCCGCCUGCUGUCGGCCGAGGACUUUGGCGCGUACAAGCCCGACCCGAGCGUGUACCGCGGCGCGGCGGAGCGGCUCGGCUUCGCGCCGCCCGGCGGGAUGGGCCGCGUGGCCAUGGUGGCGGCGCACCUGGGGGACCUGCGGGCGGCGCGGGCGCAGGGGAUGCGCACCGUCUACGUCGAGCGCGCGCUCGAGGAGGCUUGGGGCCCCGAGGAGCGCGAGGCGGCCAGGGACUGGGUGGACUUGUGGAUCCCGCUCGAGGAGGACGGGUUCGUGGAGCUUGCGAGGCGGUUGGGCGUGGCUUGA